ACUUAAAUGGCCUUCUUUCAAGUCAGUUUCACUUUUGUGUAGGCGGCAUGGGGUUACAGGAUGUGGAGCUUCCACUGUGAUCAGUUACUUAACACAAACCGAAGGUGAAUUGGGGGGGGGGGGGGCUUGGCAAUUUUAGGUUAGCUCCUUAAAGAUCACAGGCGAGUUGCUAACUCCACGAUGCUGCGGGCUGUCUGAGCUGAUUAUUUUUUUCACCCAACUGCAAACUCUUUUGAUAUCGGAAAGAAGCCUGCGCUCCAAUAAUGUAACCAGAUGCUUUGCAGCUGAAUAAAAUAGUGGAGUAGAGAUAGACACGGUGGCCGCAAAGAUGUUGCUCAUCCCUUAUCUCUAUUCAUUCCUGACCAACACAUGUCAUCUCCGAGAGAGUCAAAGGAAAAGGGUCCCCAGACAGAAGACUGCAGCUGUCACUGUGCAGUCUGGAGGGCCACGUCCAUACUAGCCGCGUUUCUCCCUGCUGCCUGAGAGGAACCCCAUGUGCAGAAGGGGUUUAUUGAUUCUUUUCACUAACGUUUUCACAGGGAUUGUGCGUGGGAUAUAAAGCGAGAAGUGUCUGUUUUAGGGAAUCAUGGACGGGGCAAAGGAAGCAACCGCUCAAUAAAGACGGCGCCAAUCUUGCAGAGAUAAAAGUUGGUGCCCACUACAUGUCGCCCAUCCAUUGGGAACGGAAUCAGUUUGCCUUACCCCACAAUUACGAGAAAUUUUCACCCGGGCGGCAUCGAGGCUGCAGGGAAUAAGGGCGAUUUAUUUGCACUUUCUUGUGGCUAUUUGUCAGAAACAGUACAACUCCUUAGUUCACUGGUUGCAAAACAAAAAUGAUUUUAGGGGCAUGAUAUAUUUCAGGCAAAUAGUAAAAACAAACGUGGUUGUACGAAAAUAAAAUGCUCCGUUUACUACUUGUAGCGAGACCGUAAACUUGUAGGUGUUGAAUUUAUUGAUGAUGUCAGUACACAUAAUAAUGCAGCAAUCCCCCCAUCCCCACCUCACUCCCCAUGUCAUAUUUUCUCCAAAAAGACCGAAUAAGAGGCGGUUGUGGCCAGGUUCAACAUGGAGAAUAGAUCAAAUUGUAACGCACUGGGGUUUGAUGCCAAUGAGAAGCUAAAACCGACCGGAAGUAGUAGACCACUUUGUUAAAGUAGGGAACAUGACAAGUUUUGUCCAGAGCCAAUUAAAAGUUCAAAGUUUCUCUAGCGAUCGAGUUGAUCCCGUAACCGAGGUGUCAAGAUACUCAGAAGACGAGUUAACAUAUUUCGUACAGUUGCCAAAUGAAUGUUCAUUAACAAUGUCUGUGUUCUCUAAGCAUUCUGAGUCUGUCGUUCAGGCUAUCAAGGGCCAUUCGAAUAAAGCUGAAAGUGCUGUCUUCCCCGCAGUCUUAAGAUCCUGUCUGCGGAAGUCCGUUGUUAUUGACUCUUCGGUCAUCCUUUGCCUGCUCCUCUGCCUACACCCCUCGAGAAGUAAAGUGAAGGGAUCUCCCCAUUCUUCAACUACUAUAGGUGCUGCAAGAACAGUGCUGCAGACUUUUUUUUUGUUUUGGAAAGUAACGCCAAGCGUCUGAACGGAAUGCAAAUAUUCAACUUUCACGGCGCCCAUGGGUUUGGCAGCUGAGAUCUAUCAACUGCUGAACAGGCUGACUGGAGGCUGAGCCUUUCAUGUUGUGCUUCCAUCCGCGCUGAUGGAAUACACGCAGCAAAAUAAAAAUCAAAAACUUUCAUUCCAGCACUAAAUAUGCAAACAUGUUUAAACACUAUUUGGCGUCCAGCUCAAGAUUAAGCGGGGAAAGAAAACGCCCAUUAAACGUCGCAAGCAGACGCUUUCCCCGCGAGACAAGUGCAAGGUUCAAAUUGCAACUGGAAAAUGGAACAAAGCAGAGAAAGGAAACGGGGAGAAGGGAUGCGACGGUGGAAAGUAACAUUGAAAAAGAAAAUAAAGAGCUACCUCAAAAGAACAAAAACAAAACGCUGGCCACAUCAUCGAUUGGAACCGUCGCCCUUUAAUAAGAGCCAUUUUAAGGAUCAGCCUGGUGGACGUUCGAGGACCUCAUUAUUACCAGCCAAAUAUCUAACCGUCAGCUAUCUCAUUUUCUGGGAACAAUCCAAAGACAAUGGUGCACUGUGCGGGGUGCGAGAGGCCUAUUCUUGAUAGGUUUCUAUUAAACGUCCUGGACAGAGCUUGGCAUGUGAAAUGUGUACAGUGCUGCGAAUGUAAAUGCAAUUUAACAGAGAAAUGUUUUUCACGAGAAGGAAAGCUCUACUGCAAAAACGACUUCUUUCGUCGUUUUGGUACCAAGUGUGCCGGCUGCUAUCAGGGUAUCUCCCCGAGCGAUCUGGUGAGGAGAGCGAGGAGCAAAGUCUUUCACCUGAACUGUUUUACUUGUAUGAUAUGCAACAAGCAACUGUCCACCGGAGAAGAGCUCUACAUCAUAGACGAAAACAAAUUUGUUUGCAAAGACGAUUUUCUAAACAGCAAUAAUUCGAGAGAAAACGGCGCGCUCUCAGUAACGGCAUGUAGCGAUCAAAGUUUAUCACCGGAUUCUCAAGAUCAUUUGCAAGAUGACACAAAAGACUCAGAAAGCGCCAAUAUUUCAGAUAAAGAGACUGCCAUUAACGAGAACGAGGAACAAAACCUGGGAGCGAAGCGCCGCGGUCCGCGCACGACCAUCAAAGCAAAGCAGCUAGAAACUCUCAAAGCGGCUUUUGCAGCAACCCCCAAACCGACCAGGCACAUCCGAGAGCAGCUCGCUCAGGAGACCGGACUCAAUAUGAGGGUUAUACAGAAAUUAAAGGGAAAAAAGGAAUCUCGUGGCUGUUUUGUGCCCCAGGUCUGGUUCCAGAACAGGAGGUCUAAGGAGAGGCGGAUGAAGCAGCUGAGUGCUUUAGGGGCUCGUAGACACGCGUUUUUCCGCAGCCCCAGACGGAUGAGACCCUUGGGAGAUCGCCUCGACGGGGCUGACAUGAUGGGAAACGGCCCUUUCAAUUACUACGGGGAUUAUCAGACUGAAUAUUAUGGUCCUGGAGGCAAUUAUGAUUUCUUUCCUCAAGGUCCCCCCUCGUCUCAAGCUCAGACUCCAGUGGAUCUGGGUUUUGUGCCCUCUUCUGGGCCUGGGGCGACCCCACUCGGCGGACUCGAGCAUCCACUACCCGGCCAUCACCCAAGCAACCUGCCGGGUCCAGGCGACAGUCAGAGGUUCACCGACAUGAUCUCUCACUCUCACGGUGACUCUCCGAGCCCCGAACCGGGUCUAACAGGACCGUCAAUGCACUCGAUGGCGGCGGAUGUGUUCGGGCCGGGUCCCAGUCCGUCCUUCUCCCUCACCAAUGGGGGAUACACCAGCCACUUGUCACAUCCACCUCCGGAAAUGAACGAGACUGCCGUUUGGUAACGACUUCCGACUCCGCGAAAAUUGUUGAUUUAAAGUCAAGGGACAAUAUUGACAAUUCUGUCCCUCUCUCCCUCUGCUCCAUCCCAACCCCAAAGACAAUGCGUUGCCCGGACAGCAAGAACAAGGCGAGAUUUUCAAAGCUCGUUACGUCAGAUAUCGAAACAAUAAUCAUAUUUUUUAAAAAAACUUCAAUCAAGGAGAAUAUUAGAACGAGCUUACACAAUGACAGCGUCUUAAGAAGGGCGACGAAUGCUGGGAUUCCAAAACCCAAAAGGAACAAAUUUCAGAAUGACCUCGAAAAGAUAAUAGCGUCUGGGAGCCCUCAAGACUUCAACGCAAACUAUUCUACCUACACCAAGCUGAACAACAAAUGAAAAGCUCAUUAAUAAACUGAAAGAGUCUACUGUUUACGUAUUAUAUUUAAUUCAGGACGUUAAUGUUUUAGAAAACAUUUUAGAACCUCUUGAUCUGAAUUGAAGAAACGGGCAUCAAGUAACCAAACUUUUUUUGUUUCCAAAAAAUGUACAAAAAGGUUUGUUGGAGUUGUGGUUCACAUCUCCACUUUGUACAAAGUGUUUUUUUUUUGCGUAUGUUUACAAAAGUGGAAAACAAACUAGAAAGGUGCCAAAUAGAUAAGUCAUAGCACAAUUACUGUAGGUGCACUGCACCAUCCACUGGAGAAAGUGUUCGGAAAGAGAGUGUUAAAAAUAUACUUUCAGCUAAUUUUUAGCUCUCUCAUAGGAUUCAUUCAUAUUGUUAAUAAUGCCCAUAUAGAUUCAUACAGGAUUUUAUUUUUGUGUCUUACAGAAACGAAAGGUCAAAUAUUUAAACAAUUUUACUACAUGGUCAAAUAUGCAGUCGAUAGCUGCUACGUUUUGCUUUAUACAGUAUAGGAUUCCUCAUGAUAUCAUUUUUGUCAUAAUAGGCCUAAGCUUCUGUGACCUCCGUUGCAUAUUAGACCAUUCACUGUAUAAAUGAAAACAUGUUGAAUAAAUUUGUGACUUUUUAAUAAAAAAGCGAUGUUUUA